GGCAUCUGGCUACGGUCCUACCAAUCGCUCCAGGCAAUUUAAUUUCUCCAGCGGAAAAUCAGAAACCCCCGGAAAAACAAAGGAAAAACCAUGAACCGCUACGCGGUAAGCUCGCUGGUGGGCCAGGGCUCCUUCGGCUGCGUGUACAAGGCGACGCGCAAGGAGGACAGCAAGGUGGUGGCCAUCAAAGUGAUCUCCAAGCGCGGAAGAGCCACCAAGGAGCUGAAGAAUCUGCGCAGGGAGUGCGACAUCCAGGCGCGGCUGAAGCAUCCGCAUGUCAUCGAGAUGAUCGAGUCCUUUGAGUCCAAGACGGACCUCUUUGUGGUCACCGAAUUCGCGCUGAUGGACCUGCAUCGCUAUCUCUCCUACAAUGGGGCCAUGGGCGAGGAGCCGGCUCGCCGGGUCACCGGUCAUCUGGUGUCCGCCCUGUACUACCUGCACUCGAAUCGCAUCCUGCACCGCGAUCUCAAGCCGCAGAACGUGCUGCUCGACAAGAAUAUGCACGCCAAGCUCUGCGACUUUGGCCUGGCCCGCAACAUGACCCUGGGCACCCAUGUGCUCACCUCGAUCAAGGGCACACCGCUGUACAUGGCGCCCGAGCUGCUGGCGGAGCAGCCGUACGACCAUCAUGCGGACAUGUGGUCCCUGGGCUGCAUCGCCUACGAGAGCAUGGCCGGCCAGCCGCCGUUCUGCGCCAGCUCCAUCCUGCAUCUGGUCAAGAUGAUCAAGCACGAGGACGUCAAGUGGCCCAGCACGCUGACCAGCGAGUGCCGCUCCUUUCUGCAGGGCCUGCUCGAGAAGGAUCCCGGCAUGCGGAUCUCGUGGACGCAGCUGCUGUGCCAUCCGUUCGUCGAGGGACGCAUCUUUAUCGCUGAUUUGCAGGCGGAGGCGGCCAAGGAGUCGCCGUUCACCAAUCCCAGAGUACCAAAAACCAGGUCCUCCCAUCGAGAGCCUGGUGAUCUGCACGAAGCUCUGGCCGCCCUGAACUUUGGCGAGGCGCGUGGCGAGCAUUUGAGCACCUCGCGCGACAGCAUCAAUGCCAUUGCGCCCAGCGAUGUGGAGCAUCUGGAGACGGAUGUGGAGGACAACAUGCAGCGUGUGGUUGUUCCUUUUGCCGACGUAUCCUUCAGGGAUCUGUCUGGUGUAAGGAAUGGCCUGCCGGUGGUCCACCAGCCGCUGGUCAAUUCGCACACCUGCUUCGUCAGCGGCAACUCGAACAUGAUACUCAAUCACAUGAACGACAACUUUGACUUUCAGGCCUCGCUGCGCGGCGUGGCGGCCAAGCCGAAGGUGGUUCCUCCUCCGCCGCCGGCAGUGCGGCAGUCGCGCAGCAAGGAUCUGGAGAAGCGCAAGCUGAGCCAGAACCUCGACAAUUUCUCAGUGCGCCUGGGCCAAAGCGGCGACACCCAGGAGAAGCUUAACCAGGGCAAGAAGUCUCCUCAGCCAGCGCAGCAGCAGCCGCCACAUCCACAGCAUUCAAUGCACUCCACCAACGAGGAGAAGCUGAGCAGCGACAACACGCCGCCCUGCCUUUUGCCCGGUUGGGACAGCUGCGACGAGUCGCAGAGUCCGCCCAUCGAGAACGACGAGUGGCUGGCCUUCCUCAACCGUUCGGUGCAGGAGCUGCUCGACGGCGAACUGGACUCACUGAAGCAGCACAAUUUGGUUAGCAUCAUUGUGGCCCCGCUGCGCAACUCGAAGGCCAUUCCGCGGGUGCUCAAAAGCGUGGCCCAGCUGCUGUCGCUGCCCUUUGUGCUGGUCGACCCCGUGAUGAUCGUCGAUCUGGAGCUGAUACGCAACGUGUACGUGGACGUCAAGCUGGUGCCCAAUCUCAUGUACGCCUGCAAGCUGCUGUUGUCGCACAAGCAGCUCUCCGAUUCCGCGGCCUCCGUUCCGUUGACGGUGGGCUCGCUUAGCCGAACGCUGCGCAGCAUUCCGGAACUCACGCUCGAGGAGCUGCAGACGGCCUGCAGUCUGUACGAGCUGGUCUGCCAUUUGGUGCACCUGCAGCAGCAGUUUCUCACCCAGUUCUGCGAUGCCGUGGCCAUUCUGGCUGCCGGCGAUCUCUUUCUGAACUUCCUAACCCACGAUUUCCGGCACUCGGACUCGGACUCCGCCUCCGUGCGCCUGGCCGGCUGCAUGCUGGCUUUGAUGGGCUGUGUGCUGCGCGAGCUGCCCGAAAACGCCGAGCUGGUGGAGCGGAUCGUCUUCAAUCCGCGCCUGAACUUCGCCACGCUGCUGCAGAGCCGCCACCAUUUGCUGAGGCAGCGCUCCUGCCAGCUGCUGCGCCUGCUGGCCCGCUUCAGCCUGCGCGGCGUGCAGCGCAUUUGGAACGGCGAGCUAAGGUUCGCGCUGCAGCAGCUCUCCGAGCACCACUCGUACCCCGCACUCCGCGGGGAGGCCGCCCAGACCCUCGACGAGAUUAGCCACUUCACUUUCUUCGUCACCUAGCCGGCACUUUCGUUUAUUGGCCUCAGGCGUCUCUAUCCGAGCAGAUCCUGAAUGUUGCCCUGGAAGUAGUCGAGCAGCUCGUCGAUGUAGCCACCGAAGCGAUCG